CUGGUUUUCGCAAUUGCGUUGAUGACAUGUUUUUCGUUGGAUAUGAUCUUGAACUGUCCCGACUAGUUCCUCUGAUAAUUUUCCAUACGAAGUGGAAGUAUUUCUGUAAGUCCGAAGAUGAGGUGAAAGCAGCUUGGCUUCCUCGUGGUCUUGGAUAUGGGACCAGAGUACCCGGUGAUAUGCUCAUGAUUACAAUUGUCCUCUGCUACUCUGUUAUUGCUCCGCUGAUUCUUCCAUUUGGUGUGCUUUACUUUGGCCUUGGAUGGCUUGUCCUUCGAAAUCAGGCACUCAAAAGUUUACAUUCCAUCGUACGAAAGCUAUGGAAGGAUGUGGCCGCACAUCCAAGUUGGACUCAUUGCAUCUCUGAUACUGUACCAAGUUACCAUGUUUGGUUUAUUUGGGGUGAAGAAAUUCUACUAUGCACCAUUCUUACUUCCACUUUCUAUCGUGUAAUUGCUUUUUAGUUUCAUCUGCAGCGAGAAAUUCUACCAUUUUUUCCAACACACUGCGCUUGAAGUUGCUGCCGACGAACUCAAGGAGAUUCCUAACAUGGAGCAACUUUACAGAGCCUCCCUGGUUUUUGAUA